GCUCAUUGGCGCUAAUUGGUUCAAAUUCCUAGGUACUACUACUACUAGAAACUUUCCGGAGUCGCAGAUCUUGUCGCAUCUUCUCGUACGACAUCACAACUUUUGGCACCUGGACCCAAUUGCUAAUUAAUCUUACUCUUUAUCUACCUAUCUAAAUAAUAUAAUAUUCUCACUUUUUCUUCAUCAUUUUUCUGUGAGGUCUAUUCUUUACUAUAAUCGAUUCGAAGCUUGCGACUAAUUCGAUACGGCAUCCCUAAUCUCGAAUACUUAAACAAACCAACCCUCUUACAUCACCGUGUCAUCACCCCUUACCUGCAACUAAACUUACUUUACGCCGUAUCAGGCUAUCAGCUUCGAAAUGACAACCCUCCAGAACUCUAUCCACGGCACGGACUCUUCCGUCGCCGUCAUAAUACCCUCCAAACCGACACCCCUUACCGUCACUUACAAGGAUCUCAAGUCCGAAUGCCUCUCGUUCCAGCGCAAGCUCGCCGCUAUCGGCAUCACCAACCGCUCCGCCGUCUCCAUAGCGACGGUGAACUCAUAUGAGUUUAUUGUCUCCUUCCUAGCUGCAUCAUGGCAGCGCGGUAUCGCGGCACCUCUAAAUCCUGCCUACAAGCAGGAGGAGUUCGAGUUCUACAUCGACGACAUCAAGUCGGCCGUUGUGCUAGUUCCCAAAGGAGCGUACCAAGCCGAUGCGCCUUCCGUGAAGGCCGCGCGCAAGUUCAACGCCGCCAUCGCCGAAUGUUACUGGGACGAUGCGAAGAAAGAGGUGGCUUUGGACGUGAAAGAGCUUGGUCAGCUAAAGGGAAAGAGCAAGGAGGGUGUGCUACAACCCCAGCCAGAUGAUGUUGCUCUAGUCCUACACACGAGUGGCACGACAUCGAGACCCAAAGUGGUUCCUUUAACACAUCGUAACCUUACCCGGACUAUGAGGAAUAUUCAGUCGACAUACCAGCUCACCGCGCAAGACCGGACAAUGCUAGUCAUGCCGCUUUUCCAUGUCCACGGCCUGCUUUGUGCUCUCUUAGCUCCUCUAUACUCUGGAGGCUCUAUGAUCGUGCCCACCAAGUUCUCCGCCUCGGAUUUCUGGCAUGAGUUCGUGACUUACAAGGCGAACUGGUAUACUGCCGUGCCGACCAUUCACCAGAUUCUGCUCAAGAACCCCGCUCCGAGCCCAUUGCCCAAGAUUCGCUUCAUCCGUUCUUGUUCCUCGCCGCUAUCCCCGACCGUAUUUACGCAGUUGGAGGAAAAGUUCAAGGCACCCGUACUCGAGGCGUACGCCAUGACUGAAGCCGCACACCAAAUGACUUCCAACCCCCUACCCCCGAGUAAACGAAAGCCCGGGACGGUGGGUAUCGGCCAGGGAGUUGAAGUCAAAAUCCUAAACGACGCCGGCGAUGAAGUACCUCAGGGAAGCGAGGGCGAGAUCUGCAUCAGGGGCGAGAACGUAACCAAAGGUUAUCUCAACAACCCAGCCGCCAAUGAAUCCUCUUUCACCAAGGGCGGCUUCUUCCGCACCGGCGACCAAGGCAAGCUGGACGAGGACGGCUACGUGACCAUCACAGGCCGCAUCAAGGAGCUCAUCAACAAGGGCGGCGAAAAGAUCAGCCCCAUCGAACUAGACAACGUGCUGACGAGACACCCGUCUGUCUCGGAGGCCGUGAGCUUUGCCAUCCCCGAUGACCUGUAUGGCCAGGGCAUCGGCGUCGCGAUUGUGCUGAAGAGCGGGGCGAAGCUAGAUCAGAACGAGCUGAAGGCGUGGGUCAACGAGAAGUUGGCCAAGUUCAAGGUCCCCAAGAAGGUUUACUUCACCGAGAUCAUGCCCAAGACCGCGACAGGGAAAAUCCAGAGGCGUAUCGUGGCCGAGACGAUGCAGAACCAGGAGACACCCAAGGCUAAGCUUUAAAUUAUGUAUAUCGAAAGGCGAUGUUCCGCGGGAAAUAUAUACCUAUGUAUGAGUAUAUAUUUGCAUAUACAUAUGUAACCCAGUAUUUUUAACAUACCUAGUAUAAGGUCAUUCAAACACGAUAUAGAAGAUGGGACGAGUGUACAAACUAUUGAAACACGGGCUAUGAGAUAUUAGAUAGGCUGGUAGGAAUCAAGCAAAGGUGAACAUUGAAGAGAAAGACAAUGAAUAUUACAUGUAGUAGUAGUAGUAGUAGUAGUAGUAGUAGUAGUAGUAGUAGUAGUAGUACAUAGAUGUAACGGUACCUACAUAUAGUAUGCUAAUCUAUGUA